AUGGUGGUAUCACCGGGAGAAGCCCUCGAUCAAGAGAAACAGAAAGAAUAUGAGUUUCCAGGAGACAUUGAGGGCACGACCGAGAAGUACAGAAUAUUUUCGCCGAAAAUGAAGAAGGAUGUGUUGAAAGCUCUUUGCCGGAGGUAUGAACUGGGCGUGAGUGGAACUGUUGCUGCUUUGCAGGCGAAGCUUAAGGCGUUCAGCGAAGAUUGUGACCAAUGGACUUUGCUUAAGGCUGGAGCACGCCGUACUCAUAAAGGUCCACAACAAAACCCUGGCGGUAAAAAGAAAGUACUCAAAGGUGCCCAACUACGUCGCGAAGAGUGGUUAGGCCAUCUGGACGUUCAAGAGCAGCGCAGCGCCUCAACGGGAGGUAGGAUUCGCAAAGGUGGAACUGUUGCUUGGGCUAAGGAGUUCCGUAAACAUUACCCAACACGCCCUCACUCCCCGACAACCGUGAUGGAAGACAGCUCAAAGCCCACGGUGCACCCAAUGUUUGGAGGUCAAUAUGUGGUCGACACGCUUGGUGAAAUAUUAACUUGA